UGCGUGCUUGCCAAGCCCCCGAGCCUCGGCCCUUCCUCUUUGGGGCUCCACUGUAAAAUUGCCCUCGCCUGGCAGCCGCGCACGUGACCGCUCCAUCGGACCUGGGACACGCAAAUCCUCCGAUGCCAUCAACACCACCGCAAUCACUCAGUCAAUCAACCAAUCUCUCAUUCGCUAUCCCUUCCACUCGCCACUUCGCUCUGCGGGGGGCCCAACUCCAAAACCCUCGACAAUUCCCUCCCCCAACGACUAUCGCAUCUUUAUCUAACCGAGCAGUGGAGGCAGGGUGGCAGCGUGUAGCAGAUAUGUCUGCUCACCUGCACAACCUCUCCCCCAUGCUCCCCUACUGGCCGCCCGACGUCGCUCGCUACAACAUGGAGGGCCUCGUCUUCCUCUCCUCGGGCUGGCUCAAGACGGCUUGUGUCUUGUUCGCUCUCUUCUGGGUCGCCUUCCGCGCCUAUCGCGUUCUGUCCAAACCCGUCGAAGAGCUCGUCAACCUUCUCGGUCUCGAAGUCCCCGUUGCGCCCCUCGUUUCGUUGGCAGGCAUCCGCGCUGAUGGAGUCCUGCUCCACUGGAAACCACCUGAGCACCGCACCUCGGUCGUCAAAUACGUGAUCCGCAUCAACGGCAUCGACAUCGGCGACGUCGCCCCUCAAGAAACCUCCGUCACCAUCGAGAACCUCAAGCCCGACACCCACUACGCCAUCCGCAUCGUGACCCUCAACACUGCCAAUUUUCAGGCCCCGAGUAUGCCCAUUCGCCUUCGCACCCUGACCGCCGAAUCAGAACAAUUCUACAGCACUACCCCGCAAAAAGACCAGCGAGACGCACAAGAUGAAGGCUACAACCCGACCCCCAUCAUCCGCACGAACAAAAAUCUGGUCGACGUCAUGGUUCCCUCUAACCCACCGCCUGUCAUAACCCGCGAACACAGCAACAGCGUUACCCGCACCCGCCGUACCGAUUCCGCCAGGCGUAAUUCGCCCGCUUCCCAAACCGUGGAUCAGGCCCGCUCCGCCCAAGAGGCUGCCGACUCGAUGGAAUCCAUCAAGGUCUUGACUGAGAAACUAGACAGUCUCCGUCGCGAGAAUGAGGAUAUGGAGCGACAGAUUCAAGACGAAGAGGAGGAGUUUGUCACCCAAAAGGCCAUUCUUGUGGAAAAGCGCGAUGAGAAAAAAGCGGCGCUCAAGGAAAAAGAUGAAGUCAGCAGGGAUUUGCGGAAAGAGGUAGCCACCCUGGAGCGCACAAACGCCGCUGCGCAAACACGAAAGGCCCAUCAAGAGAAACUCCUCCGCCAGAAGGAGACGGAGAGAGAAAAGGCAAAAGAUGACGUUGCCAGAUGGGCCCGCGAGACUGGAGAAUUGCGUACUGCAACCGAGACUAUAGGCAACGAGCGCGCCGAGUACGAGAAGUCGUCCCAAGCGCGCAUCGACGAAUUGAAGCAGAAAGGCUCCGACGAGCUGCAGACCAACAAGAGCCUCGAGGACGUCAUUCGGGAAAAGGGCACGCAGAUCAAGGCGCUGGAGGAGCAGAGGAAACAGCUGGAAGAGGGCGAAGACGGCGCUGAUGCUCAAGAGGGAGCCGAGACCGCAGCGGAAGAGGAUCGCAAGUGGGCUGAGCGUUUCCAGCUUCUGCAGAAACAAUACACCGAAGCGUGGACCAUUGUCAAUGAAGCUGAGCGCGUCAACCACGAGGCUUUGGGGAGAUUGAACUUUCUGCAGCAGCGUCGUCUCAGCCAGCCCCAGAUGUCAGGAAUGGCGCCUGAAUUUGUCCCCGCUAGACGCGCCAGCCCGCCUCAGCAACGUCCUCUUAGUAUGCGGGAACCUCUCACAUCUGGCAUACCAGCCGGUUUUGUCCACUCCACGGCAGCACCUUUCAACAGCAGCCUCACGACCGCAUCGCCAUCAUACAAUAACAACAACAUCACCCCCUAUUUCAACCCUGUCAACGGCAUGGCUCUGCCUCCCCCACCCAGUGCACGUGCCUCGUCCUUUUCCCAAGCCGAAAUCGAGAGCCUCACGGGAGGUGCGCCCAUGAGUCCCACUGCUGGAGCUUUGCUGCCGUCUGGAUUGUUUGGGGAUGACCCCAGUGGGCUUACGGAUGCAGAAGAUGACGAUGAUCUCGGACCUCCUCAGCCGCAGUCCCUAAACCCCUCGCCCAAUCUUCAUCACAUCCUCCCCGGUCUUGGUGCGCCAGGCACGUUUCAGCGAGAGGAAAUUCCAAGCUCUCCAGCGUCUGUUCAGAGCCGAUCUCCUUUUGCUAGUCCCAGGGAUAGCUCUGGUCAGCUGGGCUUCUAUCCGUCUGCCGACAAUGCCAACAUGGAUAGUGACAGACGCUCUACACGUAGUACCUCGAGCUCGUUCAAGAACCCACCCACCACCCGGUUUGGUAGUUUGUUUGGGAUUCACAGGCAGCGUGGUAAGACAAUCUCCGACCAAGGCCCUCCCUUGGGAUCUCUCAAGCCCUCCCAGAGCCAAUCUCUGCCCCGUCAGGAUGCGGGAGGUCUGGAUCCCAUUGGAACGCAAGGUCGCCGGGGCAGUCACUCGUCUGGAGCUUGGUACAACGCCUUUAUGCCAACGAGAACCAACACAUUACCCACGGAAUCAUCCUCUGAAAGCCCCAAUCAUAUUGCUACGCGCAGGCGGGCAUUCAACAUGUUUGGCAUAAGAGGUGACCCGUGGCUGACAUCUGCACCAGGACGUGACAGACCUUCCUCGCCGAGACAGGGAUCCACCAACUCGGCUGAGACUCACGGUCUCCCACGCCCGUCCACGGAAAGCCAGACGCGUUACGGGUGGGGAUUGGAAUCUUUCAACGCAAGGAACAGUCCACUAGGCGUGGUCGACUGGAGCGUCAACAAUACCAGCACGGUUUCAUGGUCUCGAAUGCCAUCGCGACGUCCUUCGGUACAGCACGGUUCCUCGGUGAGCCUUGUCAAUGAGGACUUGCUACACGGUGAUCUUCCCGAUUUCCCUUCCACGUCUCGGUCGCCUUCCCAGCAAGCGCCCAUUGGCACACGGCCGCAGUCGUCUGCAUCUUAUAUGCCGCCUUCGGGAAUGGUACCCCCGACGCCGCCCAAGCAACUCAAUCCAGCCGCACCGCAAUUUACAAGUUUGUUCGGCCGCGAAGACAAAGCAGAAAAAGCGAAGAAAGCGGCAGAGAAGGCAGCGGAGAAGGAGGCCAAGAAGGCCGAAAAGGAAGCCCGUAAGGCAGAUAGGAGCUCCCGCAAAGGCAAGGAAAAGGCGUCUGGACCAUACGAGGAGGAACAUGCCGAUCCCCGCCGGUCUCGCGAUAAUCGCUCCAUUACCACCGCGGAAUACUCAGAUGCGUCCCCUCGCGAGUCUUUGGAGCGACCACUAUCUUUGACUCCGUCGGAUUCCCAGCACUUACCCUCGUUUAGCAAAGAGUCGUUUAUGCAAAAGCUAUCUAGGAAAAGCAGUACCAGUCAGUUCCUGCAAUUCAGCAAAAGCAAGAAUUUUUUGCUGUCGAAAAAAUCGAGCGAAGCAGUUACGCCGGAUGAGGUGGACGAUGAUCACGGCAGGCUGGUGCUCAAGGAUACUGACAGCCCUGGAAACAGCCCGUCGAUUGGCACGCCCAAGGACAAGAGCAGUGCGUUGAGCUGGAGCUCGAUCAAGCGGAUGGGUAAGAGAGGGGAUAAGACACCGAGCUUGCACGAGAGCAUCGCAAGUGAGACGACUGGGGAUGAGGACGAGGGCCACGAGAAGGGCUAUGAGAAGGCGGAGUGA